UUUAUACAUUUAACGUAAUAUAUAUUCGUUGUAGCGAGGACGAAUAUACGAAAGAAAAAAGAAAGCAAAAGGUAUCAAAAGACAUUCGAAUGUGGCCCGGGGACGAGGGAGAGAUUGCUACGCGUACAUACAAAUUCGUACAAUUACGACUCCUUAAUAUGAAUUAUAUAUGUAUACAAUAAAAAGCAAUUAAAUAUUUCGGUUAAAUUUAUUAUUUCGUUAUUACUUGCGUAUAUAUUUUUUCGAGCCGUGCUAGAGUAUAUAAAAUAAGGGUCGUAAUAUCGAUCAAUUCAUCAUUCCGCAGAUAAUUGCUUAAAUAAUCGGCGAAUUAUACACCGAGUGUAUAUUUAUAAGAUAAUGGGAAAGACGAUAAUCGGACUUGAUAGCAUAUGCACAUGUGUGGUCUGUCUAUAUCCAUAUAUAUGCAUACAAAUCUAUAUAUAUAUAUAUAUAUAUAUAUGUAUACAUAAAAGAUGAGAGUGACACGCGAUAAAAGGAACCACUACAGUAAUCCGUUCAAUCAUCUGCCGUGAUAGUUGCUUUUUCUUCUUUCUCUUCCCUCAAUCAAAGCUCGAAUAGACAAAACUCAAGAGUUUGACACGAUCGUCUCUGUAAUUCGUGAUCGAUGCAACGGGCAAGUAGGGUUAGAAUGCCGUUAGGUGCGUGCGUGCGUCGUGCAUCGUGCAUCGUGCGUGCGUGCGUGCGUGCGUCGUGCGUCGUGCGUCGUGCGUCGUGCGUCGUGCGUCGUGCGUGCGUGCGUGCACGUGCAUUCAGCUGUCGAAUGCGACACAAUGUGCUCUCAUCGCUAAACAUCAUACGGUAAAGUUGCCAAAAUGUGGUUCCUAGAAAUUAUCGAGUACUUAAAGAGCCCGUAUCUCGUUGCCACUGUACAGGAGUUUUUCGGGAUACAAAUAAAUUAUAAAACUAAGCGUUCCAACAGUUUUAGGUUAUCCGAUAAUAAGGAACAAAAUGGAUAUAUUAAAGCGGAUAUGUCAUUCUCCAAAGAAUCUUCCUUGAAUGAUCUUGAAUGUUCUUCUAAUAGAUGCUUAAUGAAAUUAAAAUCUCAAGAAUUUAUCAUUAAGAAUCGUUUUUGGUAUUACUUGUUUUUAUUUGGUACAGAAUUAGGGGAUGAAAUUUUUUAUUCCGCAUUCAUACCCUUUUGGUUUUGGAAUAUUGAUGGCGCAGUUGGCCGUAGAGUUGUCUUAGUAUGGGCCAUCGUUAUGAGCAUUGGUAAAGUUAUACAUUUAACAUAUAUUUUACAGAGAUUAUUCUCACAAUAUUCGAUUUCGAAAUCGUAUUAUUAUUAUUAUUAUUAUUAUUAUUAUCUUAUAGGACAAGCAUUGAAAGAUGUUAUUCGUUGGCCAAGGCCGGCUUGUCCGCCAGCCGUCAGAUUGCAAAAUAAAUGGUCAGAAGAAUAUGGGAUGCCGUCGACUCACGCCAUGAUCGGAAUUUCAAUUCCUUUUAGCGUACUGAUAUUUACCAUGAAUAGAUACAUCUAUUCGUUUCCAAUUGGUUCUACAAUAGCUUUCUUCUGGUGCACGCUCGUAUGCACCAGUCGACUUUAUUUGGGAAUGCAUACGGUAUUGGACAUUGCGGCAGGAAUAAUAUUAGCUAUUAUGCUAAUGAUUCCAUUGAUACCGACAGUAGAUGCUUUAGAUUAUUAUAUUGUUACUAAUUUAUGGGUAUUAACGCUUUUAAUAUUAAUUAGCGUCACCGCUGUGGUAUAUUAUCCCUGUAGCAACAAAUGGACACCAACUCGCGGUGACACGACUAUGGUUGUUUCUGUAACUGCCGGGGUUCAUGCGGGGGCGUGGUUAAAUUACAAGACAGGCGCCCUUUCACUUUCGCUACUUCCACCACCGUACGAUAUUAUUUGGCCGUCCUAUCGUAUGUCAGGAUGUAUGAUCCUUAGGACAAUACUCGGUUUCUCUAGUGUCAUUGGAACUAAGGCUAUUUGUAAAUCCCUUUGUUAUACCGUAAUAUGUGCCGUCCUUAAAGUCAAUCCCAACGAGCUAAUGGAGAGUGAGAACUAUUUGGAAAAUAAGAGAAAAAUUUUCACCGAUCUAGUCUAUAAAUAUCUAACUUGUUUCAUGAUAGGUGUAAAUACGGUAUAUCUUUUGCCGAACGUCUUUACUAUAAUCGGCAUAGAACGGCCGACGUUUUAUACGGAACUGUAAGUUAUUGAUAUUCCAUCUAAGCGUACAAUAUUAUACGUAUAUAUUUUUACGCAUUUCCUACGUUAUUUCUCGUACGUAAGCUCGAUUUACCGAAGUCGAUUGAUUAGUCUUCUUUUAAUUACAAUUUAAAUAUAAUUUGAUUGAUAUAUAAUUGUAAAUAGCGUAUAAUUUAAUAUGUUGGAUUUAAAUCUCUAAUAUAUUUUGAAGUAAUUUUAAGCUUCAUGGAUGAGCAUUUAUUGUACAAAUAAAAGGUACAUGCACUAUGUAACCACUAUGUUAACGUACGUACGUAAUCAAUCUGUACUAUCAUCUCUGUUGAGAGAAUGAUAAUAACAGUUAUUGGUGUGCAUGCAUGUGGAAUACCAUAAAUAGCAUUUAACAGUGUGCCGGAAGUAGAGAUGAAAAUCCUUUUCAUCAAGGUUAAUCUUUAUUUUUGAUUUCGUACUUUUUCCCCAGUUCAACAUUCAUACUUCUAUAAGGAAAAUGCAAAUGUAAAAGAAAAGCACCGAAGCAUCGCUUCUUUAUGGACACGGUAAAAUAAAGUAAAUAUGAAAUAAACGUGAAUAAUCAA